AACAUUAUCCUCCCGAAAAAAAGUAAACAUUAUUGUUUGUUCAGAGUGCUAUUUGCCAGAGGUAGAAAACUGCUUUCACUUCUGCACCAUUUCCAGGAAAUGAAACACAAUAUUUGUUAAAUCAUGCAAUUCUGUCAAGAAAGCACAUGUACACAAAGGCACAAAUCGCAUAUAAAUAGGCAGGCAUUACUUCUCCCAACAGAUUCACACUGAACGAUCUCCAAGAAAGCAGCAUGGACAGCAAAUAUGCUAUCAUCAUCCUCUGUGUCCUCAUUCUCUCCGCUGCUCUUAUAGAAGGACAAGGUACUAAAGGGAGACGCUGCUUAUGCAAAAAAAUGUCCAAAAAGCUCAGUCCUAAACGCUUGAUAAAAAUCGAAAUCUAUCCAGCAGGUUAUAGAUGUGAAAACAUUGAAUAUGUGGCCACCAUGAAAGGCAGCAAAAAAACAAAAUGCUUCAGUCCAAAUUCAAAACUGUUGAAGGAAAUAAUGUCUCCAAAGGGGAAACUACAAUCCAUUAAAAUAAUUAAACACGAGUAAGGAUGUGAUGUGACAGGACUGAGAAUCCCUUCAUAUGAAAGCAACAUGGAAUCUGCUGGCUGGAAUGUAGAGAAUGAAAACCACAACAGCUGCCAAAAUGUUCUUUUUAUCCUAAGCCAUACACAGUGUUCACAAUAUAGGUUUGGUGCCUCUUUACUAGAACCUUUUUGAAUCAGGAACCUUUCUGUACCCAGAAUAAUCAAAGAGCUUUUUUAGUCACAAUUUCAGGCUUUAUCUUGGUUUGUUUCUACAAAAACACACUUUGUAAAAAGGGUUAAAUAUAAUUGUGGCAGUGAAAAAGAAUUACCUGUAAAGUGUAAAUAUUGUACAGAAAUUAACUUGUUGUAUUAUGUGUAAAUAUGAAAACAAUUUCCUUGGAGCCAAGCAUUGGAACAAACAUUACUUUGUAAUAAAAAGUAAUAAUGUUGUACUAUGCUGGAUUUAACAUGUUAGAAACUGAUUACAUUUUUGUGCAGUCAGGGUUUUUUUUAUAUGCAUUUUUUCAAAAUGUGAUUAAAAGAGUUUUUGUUUGCAUUCAAAA